AUGAGUCCUUUAGCAACCUCAGACCUCGGCCCUCAGCCAUUUGCUCCCAGUCUCACUCCUGUCGCUAAAAACGGGCAGCAUGUCCACGGCAAGGAGGACAUCGACCCUCUCAAAGCUAUGUCCCACGGCGACGUGACUCUGCCAGGUAUACCUACGUUCCCCUCCGCCGCCGCCAAGCGCCAAUGGCAACUCGAGCACAUGGCCGCAGCCUUCCGGCAUUGGUCGCGCGAGGGUUACGUGGAAGGAAUAUCAGGCCACAUCUCUGUGCGGGACCCGGAGCACCACGAGGCCUUUUGGACCAAUCCACUCGGGGUUCACUUCGGACUUCUGAAGGCGAGCGACAUGAUCCUCGUCAACCUGGAUGGUAGGGUUAUUGGUGGGAACCGGAGUCGCUGUCCCAAUGCAGCAGGAUUUUUGAUACAUGCGGCUGUGCACAAAGCCAGGCCAGAUGUGCAUGCGGUGUGUCAUGCGCAUACCGUUCACGGGAAGGCGUGGUCGUGUUUCGCAAGGCCGCUCGAAAUGCUUACUCAGGACACCUGUAAGUUUUACAAUGCGCACAGUGUGUAUGAUUCAUAUGGCGGAGUCGUUCUGGCAGCUGAAGAAGGAGAACGCAUCGCCAAUGCUCUGGGCUCGGGAAAAGGCUGCAUCCUCAUGAACCACGGCUUGCUCACAGCGGGAGGCACCGUCGAUGAAGCGGCUUUUCUGUUCGAAAGUAUGGAGAGGUCGUGUCAGGUACAACUGCUGGCCGAAGCUGCUGCUGCGAAUGGAAUGAAGAAGGUGAUUAUUAGUGACGAGGAAGCUGCGUACAACUUCAAACUGGAGAGUGAUGCGACGGUUCUUUAUGCGGAGUUUCAGGCUUACUAUGAUUAUGAGGAUUCCAUGUUGGAUGGUGCUUUCAAGAAAUGA